GAUCUCUACCUGACUGCAGUCGCAGCUAGUCCGCCAUUGUCAAAUCUCCCUCGCUCCAUAGCUCGGAAACCACUAGAACCCGAAACAAUGGCAUCGGUCAACUUCAAUCCUUUCAGUGAUAACUGGUUCAGUAAACCUCCAAACCCUAUUAAAUUCGUCGAUGUGCAUACAUUUUUCGAGUCUUUAAACCCCUUUAAACCCCAAGCUAAGAAUCCUCCCUUUGCCGCCAUUUCACUCCCAUUUUCUCGAAAACCGAAGAAGGAAAGACCUCCUGGAAUGUAUCGCCGGAUGCUUGACCAGUUCUACUGGGAGUGCGAGACGCUGCCGGACCACCGGCACACGCCGAAAGUGGAGAAGAUACUGAGCGAGGAUUCGAUUUUUGAGACGAAGGAGAACCUGACCCGAGAGGAGAUUGAGGAGAACGAGAGGUGGUUCUCAGAAUUCAAGGAAAGCCCGGUUGUGCAGUUUUUGGCCCGCUCUGAAGAGAUUGCAGAUAAGAUUAAUGAGACUGCUCUUCGAGAGAAUUCGGCUCCUUACCAGAGAGAAGACAGAAAAUUGUGGAAGGCAGUUCCUAAUGUGAUCGGAUUGGAUGGGAGGCCAAUGCCGAGGAAGUCCAUAAAGACGAAAGAGGAGUCAGAUGAUAAAUUCUGGGAUUUUGCAAGGCAAUUCUUUUUUGGGCUCUGGGGGUUCCGACAAAGGCCAUAUCCACCUGGAAGGCCCAUUGAUGCUGCACAGGCUAUUGGGUAUAAGAAGCUUGAAAAGCGGUAUUACGAUUUUAUAAUGAAGACUGGUGGAUGGUUUUACAAGGAUAGAUUGGGUCGUUCAAGGGGUCCCAUGGAAUUAGUACAGCUUAGGACUGCUUGGACUGGUGGAAUCAUUGACAGGCAUACUUUCAUUUGGGGCGAGGACAUGGAUGAAUGGGCACCUAUAUCCAUGGUUUAUGGCUUGGAAUGUGCUAUUGCCACCUGGGACGUCAGACUAUAUGCUGCUGCUACAACCUUAUUCCACAAAGUCCAGAAGGGCAUAGCUCCUUGGGCUCCUCUCAAGGGGCAAGAGGAAAAGACCUAUAAUCAGCUCCAAAAAGAAGCUUAUGAGAGCAAGAGGCGUGACUUGGCUGUUCUGGAAGCGAAUGGCGGUGUGUGGCCUGGCGUAAGAACUCCAAGUCAUGCCCUGUUUCUCUGGGCCAGUGGAUCUGAGCUGACAUCAAUUUUGGAUGAGGAUCACAUGCCUAACAAAUACAUUCCAAAAGAUCUCAGGAUUCAAUUGGCUAAGAUAAUCCCUGGGUUACGGCCAUGGGAGGUUCUGAGUGUUGAACAAGCAAUGGAUCAAUUAACAUUUGGACGUGAUUGGUAUCGUGAACCUCUUGGUUCAUACACGACAGGCCCUCCUUACAUUUAUGAUUGGAAUAGGGAUGUCUGGGCCUUGAUGGGUCACUACAAUGACUUCUGGCAAAAAAUGCGUAGUAUACUAAUGCGUGGCAUCCCCGGUUUUGGAGCUGUGUUGGAUAUAAUUGCAGUUUAUAACGACGCCAGAUUGAAGAGGAGAAUGAAGAUCAAGGAAGCGAAGAAGGAUGCCGAGCUGGAAAUUAAGUACCUUGGUCAUCGUCGUGGUGAAAAGUGAUCAGCGAUGUUUGAUUGGAUCGGCUUGCAGACAGUAAAAUACUAGAAAAGAUUGUUGCCCAGAUUUUGCUGUGGCAAAAGCAUUCAUUAGCUUGCUGCUUCUCGAUGACUAUAAACUCGCUGCAGCAUAUAUAUGAUUUCUGAUACUGACAAUUAUCUAAAGGGGUUUCACUUGUGUCAUUUUUGGCCGUCUAUUGACAACCUAAAACCUUUGAUUUUUACGGCA